UGUGGUUCGAAAAGUGAAGUCGGCAGGACACAUCGACGACACCGUCGCCAACGAUGACACCCCAGGACGGACUCCGCUCAUACAAGCACGGCAGCUGCCUGGUCGUCGGAAUCGCGACCAUUGACGUGAUCAACACCAUUCCAGAGUUCCCUGCAGAGGACAGCAAGAUUCGAGUGACGAGCUCCCGACGAUCCAGGGGCGGCAAUGGCACCAAUGUUUUGGUGGUCUGUGCUCAAAUUGGAGCGUUCCAGGCCCUCCACUGGGUCGGCACACUUGUUGACCCCCUCGUGAACGCGGACUCCAAAUUCAUCUGCGACGAAUUGAGCGGCCACUAUGGCAUUAGCCUCGAAUCCUGCGAACUUGUCAACGCAGGGUCCAUGCCGACGUCGUACAUCAUGUCCAGCGACGCAACUGGGUCUCGGACGAUCUUCCAUCAUCGCAACCUACCCGAGCUCAGCGUGGCCCACUUUGCAUCUCAGCUACCUCUCUGGCAAGGGCAGAUAUCGUGGGCCCACUUCGAAUGCCGCGACACGACCGCCACGUCCGCCAUGCUUGGGCUGGCGCGCCCGGUGAUCCCGGUCCUGUCGCUCGAAGUCGAAGGGCCACGCCACGCAUGGGCAUCUGUCAAAUCGAUGCUCCACUUGGUCGACUACGUGUUCAUCAGCCAAGUGUACGUGACGUCGUUGGGAUUUACUGAUGCCAUCGCGUUCCUCAACUCUCUCUUGGACGAUGGGACGGUGCCCCAGAAAGGCGGCAGAGACCCCGAUGGCGUUCGUCUCAAAGCCAUAGUGUGCCCAUGGGGAGCGACUGGAGCGUUUGUUCGGCAUGGUUUAGCGCAUACGAGCAACUGGGCAGUAUCCCAUGUACCCGUGGAGCCGGUUGCCGCCGUCGUGGACUCUGUCGGGGCUGGCGACUCGUUCGUUGCGGCAACCAUCUCGGCCAUUCACACCGGCAUGCCCAUCUUGGAUGCAGUUGCGUUUGGCUGUCGAGUUGGACGGCGAAAGUGCAUGCAAGUCGGACUCGAAUUCGAUCCCGACGCAUUCACUUAAACGCUAUACGAUCGAAUGGUUCGGCCGUGGUGACCUUUUUCACACGGGUACCCCCGGCAGCUCCACCAUCUCGCCCGGAAAUUGCAUACACCCGUCCAAUGACGCUGUAAAGCAUGUGUAAAAGCUGCACGGGGUCGUUCCAUGCGGCAACCCCGAUCGUGCUUGGCCA